AUGCUUUCCAGCUGGCUCGUUGGACGGCAUGAACACAAGGAGAUUGCGCCUAUUGUCUUUAAGGAGGUGGUGGCUGGAACUGGCCUCGAGCCACAGUCCAUCCCGUCGCUGAACACGUUACAAGCUCUGUUGUUGUGCAUCGUAUAUGCCGUAUCUUGUAGGAGUGAGGAAAGCAUGUUAGCGAAGGCAGUUCGUCUCAAUGACAUUCUAGUCUCCAGCUGCCGGUGCCUGGACAUCUUCAGCGGCCAUUAUGUCCUACCCGAACGGAUGGAGGAAUGCGCAUUCACCUUCUGGCUCGCAAGGGAGCAAGUACAUCGACUUGCCUUUUCAGUUCUCCGCGUUGAUACUUACCUCAGUAUUCUCCUCGACCACCCACCGUCCGUGCGGUACCAGGAGCUUUGCAUCCCGCUACCGAAGUCGUCGCAACUGUGGGCAUGCGUAACCGAGGAGGAGCGGCGCAAGCUGCAAUGGGACGAGCCUGCCGGGCGCGAAAAGACCCUGUUCUGUCAUCUCAUCCGCGACGCCCUCCUCGGAAGCGGCGACGCCACCAAACUGUUCCGCCUACCCUACCGCUUCACAGAGGCGGAUUAUCACCUCGGCUUGUGCGCGUUGCAGGCCGGGAUAUGGGAAGCGGCUCGCGAGGCGCACGGUUCCGCAUCUGACGAGGUUGUGAAUAAGCUGAUGCCCGGUAGCCCCAUCCAGCUCUGGCGGGCCCAUCUUGAGCAGUGGCCGGUGAAGAUGCCAGUUGUGAAGAAGGACCACCGCCACCAGAUGAUAGACGAGCAACAGCUCUUCACGGAUGAUCAUGACGACUCAGCGGUCUUUGCACCCCUCAGCCUUACGCUAUGGCACAUAUCGACCAUCAAGAUGCAUGCUCCCUUGACCCUUCUCCGUCUCCAUAGCAGCAGCAACAGCCUCUUUGGCGGCCGCGCUGCUGCUGCCCCCACCGCCACCACCAUGGCAGCAGCAGCAGCAGCCGUGCUGCAAAAGCCAAAGGCCCGCCUCCGGACCUGGAUGGCAUCGGACUGUCCCCGGACCGCAGUGUGGAGCGCAGCGCAGAUCGCCCGCGUGGUGAUGGUCACAAGUAGCUCUGGCGCUCCGGCGGACCCGGACUCUGAUUCGGCUGCCCGACGUCGUCGUCUCCUGCUCCUUAACCCGCUCGCGAUCUUCGGGCUGCUGAUGAGUGCCAUAGUGACCUGCUCGUAUGCUGCCUCCCACACAAGCGGUGCCUGCCCGGGCUGCUCGCCAGGUCUUAGCCAAAAUGCGAAUGCGGGGGCGGUUGUGGACCUCUUUGUUACAGACGCGGACGGGGAGACGGCGCCGGAGCUGCUAAGGUGGAAGGUGUACGGCGAGGGCCGGGCGGUUUGGGGACCGAGCGGGAUCCCGGUUUGCCGGUGCGGACUGCCGGCCCUGGCUGGGUGGUUUUCUGCGGCUUUGGCGGCGUGGGAUGAUGGGGCGCAAAGGGAGUUUGAGGUCUUCCUUAGUGGGUUGGCCUAG